AUGGAGCCACAACAACAGCAACAACAGUCUUCUCUCGAGGGUAGUUACCCUAGAGGGGAAAAACGGUCUGCGGGUGGUGAUGGCACUUAUUGGGGAGAAACUAAAGAAGGGCGGCAGGGCGAUGAGUCCUCCUCCCGACCGGCUAAGAUGAGUAACUGGGAUACUGCACCUUCUGGCAAUACCAAUACCACAACUGGAGGAGAUGAUGAUGGCAAAUUCCAUAAGGAUGUCCCUUUACCUCAUUGGGCGGCUGGUAAGGUUAUAGGAAAGCAGGGUGAUACCAUAAAACGGAUACAACGUCAAACUCAUUGUGAAAUCAAGUCUGAUAACGGUGAACGCGACACUGAGGGAAACAGGAGCCUCCACCUCGUCGGCGAUACACAGGCAACUCUCAAUGCGUGUGCAGCAGCCAUUGAAGAGAUCAUAUUCACGUGCCGCAAGCCUAUCGUUGGUCCAGGGGACUCGAAAAAGGAAGUCAUUGGUUACAGAGGAUGCGUGAUUGACGAGAUCAAACGACGGUCACAUACUCGUAUCGAGGUGGUCCCUACAGAGGAUGGUGGACCUGGGGAGGAGAGGACAGUCGUGCUAGUUGGGCCUGAGGAAAACUGCGAGGAAGGGGCACGUAUAGUACGCGAAAUCGUGAGCGGUGAGCUCGACGUGUCACCGAUCAUUGAUGACUUCAAACGGGAACAUCAACUGGAUGAAUAUGAUCCUUCUGGAGGGAAGGGUGGCAAGGGCUACCACGGCAAGGGUGGCAAGGGCUCCGACUGGCGUGGUGGCAGUAAAGGCGGUUGGGGACAUGACAGUGCUCGCUACACUAGUGGUGACUGGUCUGGCAGUGGUAAAGGGGGUUGGGGUAAGGGUGGUGACUAUGGGGGAAAGGGUGGCUUCGGUAAGGGAGGAGAUGAUCCCUCGAACUACUACGGUGGUGGGGGUAAAGGGUAUGCACCUAAUCCCGCGCCCUAUGGCGGCAAGGGCGGUGCUUACCGGAGUGAUCCUUAUGGAACCUCACGUUAUGGUGGUAAGGGCUAUGAGUAUGGCAGUAAGGGAGGCUCAUCAGACUCGUAUGGAGGUAGUGCGGGUCGAUUUGAGAGGGCAGCCCCCAGUGGUGGUGACUACUACGGUAAAGGCAGUUAUGGUGGUGGUAAAGGGGGUAGUGCUCCUGGCUAUGCUUACAGUAAAGGCGGCAAAGGAGGAUUCGCUACCAGUGGUGAAGGAGGGUAUGGGGGUAGUUGGGGUGGCAAGGGUAAAGGUAAAGGAGGAGGCUGGUCUACUGGUGGUGGAGGAGGAGGAGGAGAGGCCAGUAACGAUGCCCCUCAUCCUAGGGGUGGUUGGGCCAGUAGCAAUGCCGAGUUCACAAGGGAGAUGAAGAUUCCUCAGAGGGCAGUUGGUAAAGCAAUUGGUCGAGGAGGGGAGACUAUAAAGAGAUUAAAGGAGGAGUUCAGCACGUUUGUCCAAGUUGAUCAGACUACUUCCGAGCAGGGUUUCAGCACUUUCAAGCUCAGUACCGCUACCGCUGAAUCGGUUGAAGCCGCAGUUGCCCAUUUAAAGGGAGUCGUCCUAUCCUGUGAACCGUGUGAGUGUAUAUACGUAGAUGAUGUUGAGGGUGCAGUUGAAGUACCUGCUGAUAAGGUUGGGACCGUCAUCGGGCCACAGGGCUGCGUAUUGGAUGAAAUUCGCCGUCGUAGCGGUUGUAGGGUGCAACUCCAACCAGUCGACGUAGAAGAUGGAACAAGUCCCCGUUCGGCGAAGAUUGUUGGCACGGCUGAUGCGGUUCGUGUUUGUGCAGACCUCCUCAAUGACGUUAUUAACGGUACUUUCGACGUUGGCUCGGUGAUCAAUCGCCAGAAGGCCCAUAACCAACGUUUUAAGGCUGGUGCUCUGGGCGGUGGUAAAGGCAAAGGGAAAGGAAAAGGUGGUGGUGGUGGCUAUUGGAACCCUAAUAGCUCACCGCGGGCUGCUGCCGCCGCGGCGGCAUCUGGUAGAGGUGGUGGCUUGAGUGGUGGUAACAUGGGCCAGCAGAGUCUCAACUAUACUACAAGUAUGGGCUUUGUCCCUCCUCAAGUUAUGUAUACAUCUCAACAGAUGUAUGCAGCUGAUCAAGGUAUGAUAUCACCACACAUGUCAGCGGCUAACCCUGGUGGGCCCAUUCCUCCUUAUCUCAUGUAUGCCGCCUAUCAGCAACAACAACAGCAACACUCUCCCACUGGCGGUCCAGGUUUAUCGGCUACUGAAAUUGCCAUGCAGAUGCAGCAACAACAGCAGCAGCCAAGAUCGGCAUCACAGCCAGCUACUGGUCCUGGCAACAAUCAAUACAUCCAACAACAGCAGCCGUUGAAUAUGCCUGUGUCGCCCCAGGGUAUUAUAACACCUCAGCAAGUCAUGGCUGUUCACCAGAUGCUACGUCGUGAAUAUGAGCAGCAGCAACAGCAACAACAACAGAAUCGAGCGACCCCCGAGGCGGCUGAUACGUCAACUCCCGCUGUGGACCCUAAUAGUAGUGGGGGAGGAGGCCAGGAAGAGCCGUUAUAAAGACCCCUACAGUGAAGAUUACGGUUAUCAGCAUCGGCAGUAUGUCUGGUGGUGAUCUACAGGGUCUUAUUUGUAUCAUUUGGUCGUUGUAGUAGUAGUGGUAGCGGCCCUUGGCGGACUAUGUACGAGGUUCGGAGUUCAAGUUUACUCAUUAAUCAUAGCGAUGUU